CCUCACUUUCAGUUGUCCCUCUACGGAGCUACGCGCUUUCGUAGCACUUCGUAGAGCUCGCGUAGCUAAGAAAUUAAUGCGCACAAUUUUUAGUAUUCUUUUCUAAUCACUGCUCAGUACGGAUGGAAUAAAAAAAUACGAUGAAAAAUAAAGACUCUUCGGAGGAUGAGUCCUAUAAUGAAGACAUCAUACCGAUUGCGGUGCAGCUGUUCUUGUGGAAACAAACGACCCCCUUCGUUCGACCGAAGUUUGGAAAAGUCCACGAUUCUGCUUGCACGUUCUGUCAACGAGCACCUGGACAUCACGAAUUAAAAGAAGCUUGCAAGUUAUUUGAAAAAGUACUUGUACAAAAUCUCCGGUUUGGUUUGGCCUCAAACCUUUCUGAUGCUAUUGAAGCUAUACCGAGAUGGAGGCUCAUACAAGCUGCGUUACCCCAUGUCAUGCAUUCCCUGGCGGGUCUAUUACACAACAGGGUAAAAGACAACAUGCAAAAUUUAGGAAAUGUGGAGACCAAGCUUCUGUACACCUUGCAUUGGCUGUUACUUGAUGCCAGUGAUGAGUGCGCUGAUAGCGACUAUGAAAAUGGGAAGUUCUAUACAAAUCCAUUCCACUAUUUGUUCUCUAUACCUACUAUGACUCUCUUUGUGUAUCUCUUUGCUCCUAUAUCACAACAUUUGAAAGAGUCAGAUUUCACCAACAACUAUCGCCUGGAAAACGGCCUUAAAUUGUGGCAUGCCAUGUGGGAGUUCAGACAUCCAGAUGCACCAUGUUUUACCACUCUGGUCAAGCCUAUCCGAAGACCGCUAGGUGGAAAAUUUUCUAAGAAACACCAGAAUAGUGAUGUGUUUUUGGGACGCAAAUUCUCUAAAGAAGAUAAUGCAGUGAAUGGAAGUCCUCCGAGUCAAAAUGUUUCAAUUUCCCAGUCUGAAGCACCCUCCAAGCAGGCCAGCACUGAGGAAGAGCCCUGGCUUUCGUCACCCAAAGACACAAUAUUCCCUGAAACUAUACCUGAAGAAAGUUCCAGCACUGAGGAAGAGCAUGUGUUUAUCUACCGCCUGCCUACCGAGCAAAGUUACGGCGGCGGCAAUAGAGGCGCGUACACAAUAUACGCAGCCGACCCGAGCCUGUUCCAGACACGAAAAUCCGACCCCAAGCCGAGCCUACCUGGCAUCAAACCCCUGCCUCAGAUCACCAAAAUGAGUUCCUCUGAUAAGGAGUCGUUGACAGACAGCGGCGGCGGCCCAGGACUGAAGAGUACGCCAACGGCUACAGAAAAAGCACCACCUGCUAAACAUUGCCACCAUGCGGCUGCGGCAACGUUUUUGGACGUGGCUACGAUGCGGUGUCUGUUCUCAGUGCAGUGGCAGGAGGAGGGUGUGUACUGGGCCUUGCAUUAUCUUUACAACAGACUUCGCGACAUAAGUGACGAUAUGUCAAAACAAGUCCAGCCGAGGAAACGCAGCAACUCCCUGCCUAUACCGAAAAUCGAAGUCUCCAUAUACGAUAGCACAGACAACAAAGAUAUGCGAAAUUAUAUGGAGGUACCAGACUCCAAAGACUUUCCCGUCGCUGCUGAAAUGCCCUGCACUUCCAUACCCAAAGCCGACGAGGAAGGAGGCAUGACAAGGAGGGCGAGCGAAAAAGUGAAACGCAAGAUGAAAAUGGCCGACCUCAAGGCGUUCGUUGAGACAAAACUACUCUCGAAAUCCGAGAAAGCUCUGGAAAAGAUCGGGCAAGACGAGCACAAAUUUAGUUUUCAUACCGCAGAGUACCAUAGGAGCUUAGAUCAUACUGAGGACCGGCCUAAUUCGGCGUUAGGAGCAAACUAUUCUUCGUACGGACCGAAACUAACUGGAGAUUUUUUACAAUGCAACCUUGUCAAAGGCAAAAGUAUGCCUAGUCUAAGCUGUCUGAUUGACGAGCUAGCAUCCAAUGGGUAUAUCGGUGAGAUGAAAACGGAGCGCGCGCAGGGCUCUACAACAGCCAAGCCGUCAUAUUUACAGAAGAAGAAGAACCCGAUUAUAACUGUCACUGAGCACACGCCAACGCCAUCUCCCGACUACUUGUCGAAAACUCGCCAGGGUUCCAUAGAAUCUCAAAUGGAUUCCGUCAGUAUACAAGGCUCACAGCACAUACCCAGCCCAGAACGUAAGCCGAGUCUGACUCGUUCUCAGACGGAUUCCAACAUCACAUACAUAGUAGAGGAUAUACAGGAGGCGCCGGGCUCUGUACAUUAUAUUACUAAGGACGGCGAUAUUAAUUUCCAAGUCGUUUUGAAGGCGGUAUACAAAGUGUCAACGAUGGACAGCGUGUACAUAACUCUACGUGUGAUGGAGGUGGUACUCAACUUGGUGGACGCUCUCAUGGAGAUCGGCGUCCACAAGAACUGGCUGCCGGACCACAAGGACUCGCGACCCGAAACCGUUGAUCCGCUGUGCGAGUUCCAAAAAGAUAAGGAUAGUAAGGAGAGAGAUUCUGGUAUCCCUUGUGCGCCAAGUCAGGAGUCAACCAAUGUCGACUGCGGUGAUAAAGACAAAUCAGCUGACGAUGAAAAUAUCGAUUGUCCAUAUUACAUGAUUAUGCACAUUACACUCAGGCUACUCCGUCAGUUAGGCUGCUCUCACGGCUGCUCGACAGCGCUGCGCGGGCCGCAAGCGGAGAGUCUGCGUAUACAGGCCCGCUCGGCGCUCCGCUGUCUGCGCGCGACGGAUACGACACGAUUCACGACACGACUCAUCGAGAUAACUAAAUUCGCGCCGAUCAGGGAGGUGCUCGAUAAUCUGCAUUCGACCGUCGGGUUCUGUGCGGAACCGCCGACUACUGUGUCGCCAAUGAAUCAGCAAAAACGUAACAACGGCAAGUCACCAGAUAUGAGUAACUUACAAGCGGGGUACGCGACCAACUUCGGCGCUGGACAGGGCCCCAACGGCAACAAGACCAUAGAGACUUACAUCAUAGAGUCAACCUUCAGAGUUCUUGUUACGAGAUUCGCUAUGAUGCAUAAGGAGUUGAAAUUACUCGACAAUGCUACGCUAUACGCUGAAAUUCGUCUGCUUCUGAGCUAUGUCCGCGAGGCUCACGGCGGCCAGUUCCGUGUGGUGGCGUUCAGCGCGCUACUUGACACCGCCGAGAGGCCGGGCACGCAGCAGAGAGAGUCUAACAUGCAGACUACUAGAGUUAUUAGGCACAUACCUCGGGGUGCCGAUGAUGAGCGCGGCUCAGACACCGGGGCGGAUUCAGGAUGUGCUGUAGACGACAAAAUUCACAAGAAGUUCACUUUCAAGAAGAGAAGCACGUCAUCCACUGGAGCUCAUAGCCUCCUGGAGACAGAAACGGGCGGCGCGGGGGCGGAGUCAGCGAGCCAGUCGCCGCUGUCGGUGCGUGCGCGCCGCCACCCGCUCACGCCGCGACACUCCGAGCGCGCGCUGCCGCUUGAACACCACGCCAUAGUGCACUCUAACUCCAUGCCAAAUAAGUUCCAUAUUAGUGGGAUAGUGAAGUGGUUCCGCGCGAAACCGUCGUCGUCUCUAGCGCGGGAGGGGCGAGAGGGACGAUCUAUGGGUUCAGGCGAGUCGUUACGUGCUGCGGGCUCGCUGGCGUCUCUCCGCACGCCCGCACCGCGCGCACGCCCCGCCCACGUGCGAAGACGCGUUGGACAUACGCUGCAUAGAGCCAGGAAAAGGGUUGAGGACAGACUCAACCGUUUCGGCCUGCGUAAGAUGGGAAAGAAACGAGAUGGAAGCAUUGAAGAAACAACAGGUGGAUACAUGUCGCGUCGCGGCUCGGCCGAGGGCGGGUCCGGAGGGGCGGAGUCUGAGGUGGUCGUGUUGAAGCGUCGCCGGCUCGUCGCCGCCGCGCCGCUGUACGCAGGACUGGCGCGCUUCAGCUUCAUACUCGAAGCCACACAGCCCGGUGCGACGCCUGAUGCGCUGUUCAUGGCAGCUCUGCUUGAUCUGCCCCAUACAGUGGUGGUGGGCCGUGCUGCAAUGCUCCUAGAGUGCGCGCAUCUGGUACACAACUGUAACAAAGGACAAUGGCCGUAUUGGCUUAAAUCCAACCUAUCGAAGAAUCUAAUGCCGUCGGGACCCCUGCAGCUAAGAAGACAACGCCUGGCUGGUAAACUUUUCUAUCAAUGGGCUGAAGCAAUCGGUAACCGUCUUGAGGAAAUGCUAAACGAGGACAAGAAACACAUAGAUACCGUCGUCAGCCUCGUGAGUGAUCCGGACGGACAACGCGAGCUGUUGCAACAAGACGAGGAAGAAGACUUUCUAGAUGAAGCGAGCAUCCGUCUUCCCGGCAAAACCAUAGGGCACGACUGCCCGCGAGCGCUCCGCAUCAUCGCGUGCGUACUGCUGUUCGAGAUCACCGCCUUUCUGCGCGAGACCUACCAUCAACUCCCCAAGUCCUGCCGCUCCUCGCUAAAGGAGAGAGGACCCUGGGACCGCGUCUAUAGGUGGAUGCAAAAGCGGAGACGUUUGUUGUGUAAUAAUAAGGCUCUUAGCAGUCAACACACAUUAAUGCCAGUCGAAGAAGCGAAUCGCCGCUGGAGUAUGGCCCUAUCUAGUAUGGGGCACUCGCAGGCGUCCGCACAGAGCUUGCAGUCGAUAGCCGGCGCUGAGACAGAGAGGAAGAUAUCUUUUGUCCUUCACGAACCCGAGAACGUGUCUGGUGGGAGCAAUGUCACUCUACCCGAAGUGAUACCCCCGACGGAGGACAAGAAGGGUCGUCUGGGCGCGCGCGGCAAGGCGGUGGCGCGGCGCAGUGCGACGUCCGCCUACGGCUCCUUCAAGCGGCGCUCCAUCAAACUGAGACAGAAGGACGCCAGAGACCCUGAGGAUUUCGUCAACAGAAGAUCGGAUUCCAUCCAGAGCAGAAGAAAGGUGUCAUCGUUGUCAGAUAGAAGCGACACGUCUGAAGUGUACCCUGGUACAGGUGGCACGGUGAUAAUGUCAAACGAGGUGGACAGCGGCGGGGAGGAGAGUCCGGGGGUGCUGUCGGAUGACCACGACCCCCCGCCCGACAGCCCCGACAGCAACUCCACUGACCCCCCGGAUACCAGCAAGGGGUACCCGUGGCUCAAGGUGAUAGUGAAAUUUCUGAAUUCGUUCAACUACGUUUGCUGUCACCAAAACUUCUGCCAUCCAUAUUGCUUCAGACGGAAUAUGCGAGCGACGAGCAGACUUAUGAAGUCCGUAAGAAAGAUAUACGGCGAAAAAUUUGGUCCAGAAGCGAAUGCAACAAACCAAGAAGAAGGUUCUUCGGAAACAAGACGUGGUAGGCGUGCUCGAAAAUCUUCGGAACAUGGCACUGACAGGAUCGACCGCUCCGUACUAGAGAGCGUGGGUAUUGCGUUCCGCGCCGCCGGCGGUGACCACGCCCUGCCUAACGAGACCCCGCCCGUGAUGCGACCUGGCGCCAUACCCUACCCGCCCGGUGAACAACCGCCUAUACUCAAGUAUUUGAAGACGCAGGUGCGAUCUGCGUACCAUACACCGCUCGCGGCGUUAGCUAAGGGUGCGGCCACACUAGGCGAGGAGGCGUGGGCGGGCAGUGCGGGUGCGGCGUGGGCGCUGCUAUUAGAGCCCGAGCGUGAACUAAGCGCGUGCGCGGCGGCGUUAUUCGUGCUAGCUGCGGUCCGCGCGCCGCACGCCGCAGCGGCGCUCAUGCAUAACCAUCUGCGACAUCAAGACCCUGCGCUCAGGAUCAAUGCCAUUCUACGAUUCCAAGUAAUGUGGAAGCUUCGCUACCAAGUUUGGCCACGAAUGGAGGAAGGCGCUUCUAUGACAUUCAAAGUGCCGCCUCCAGGAAUAGAGUUUACGUUGCCAUCACCUAAAAUUGGCAUCGAGUCCUUGGCUGUAGUGGAUCCACCGUGGAGUCCACAGGUCAAAGAUAAAGACAUGGAGAUGACGCUGAACCAAGAAAGACAUAGAUCUCUAGUCACAGCGACCAAAACCCGUAAGAAGCAACAAACUGAAGCGAUAAAGAAGGCACUCCAACAACGCGACGAUAAAAAGAAAGCGGAACGUGAAAGCUUUCUCAUCACGACGAUUCCUAUUACGAGACAGGCUGCAAGGGAACCAGCAUUGGACCAUACAGUCGAUGAUCAUAUAGAAGGCGGUGCGGACGAGGAGAUGGCGGAAGGCGUGCGCGGGUCGCACCACACGCAGCUCGCGGCCGCGCUGUUCCCGUCUGUUCUGUGCUCGGCUGUCAACGAGAUUGUUGCUCUACUCGACGACGCUGCCGUAUCACGUGAUGGGUGUUCCGUAUAUGAGGUCGCUUAUCAGGUUAUAUGGGGCUGUCUAGUCGAAGAUUCAGCGUUAUUCCUUCGUCACGUCCUCGAAAGAUUAACCAGGGAUCAUCAAGAUGAAAUGUUUAAACUACUACGUCAUUUGAUAAGGUUCAUACCACGUCUACCGCAGCAGGCCGCGUUCGCUUUAUACAACUAUAUCAUUGGCUACGUCAUGUUCUAUGUAAGGACGCCCCAUGAAGACGGGCAAAGACUUAUCGGAGCCGCGCUGUCUAUACUUUGGAUGGUAGUACACAGCGUUCAUGGGAUCAUGUUCAAGGAUCUAAAACAGAUAUUACGUAAGGAGCAAUGUGACGCGUCGAUACUGCUCACCGCUAACGUGCCUGCUGCUAAGAAAAUUAUUGUUCAUGGCCCACCUGAAAACGAAGGCAGCAUUCCCUCGCAAUUCCCAGUACAAGAGGAUACGCAGUUCUGUCAAAUUCUACGAGAGUCGUUAGACUACUUUGGUAUCCCCGAACGGUUGCAUGAUGAAUAUUUCCUUGUUGACUUCAAAACACGGCAAAUCCACAACCCUCAGAACUACGUCCGCGACCACUACUUCUUCAAACGCUCUCAGUACCCGCAACUGGGUUUAGUUCACAUGCAACCUGACGAGGCGUUCGCUAAACUACAGCAUAGAGAGCUACUGCACAAGUUCGUUGAGAUAGGCAAGGUGCUGCUCACUUGGGCCAUAUUGAAGAAUGUUGAUAUGGUGGUCCAACGAGUGGUGUUCUUACACGACGAACUGAUGAAGCUACCGUCGUUCCCGCGUAAAGCGCUCGAGGCGGACUUGGACUUGUACAGCCGGGGUCCGCUCGGCCCUACCCUACUGGGGCUAGAUGUAUUGCACAAGUUUAUGUGGGUUCGACUUAUCGCUCGGAUGUUUGAGGCCAUGGCUGGUAAUUUCACGUCCUCUAGAGACAUACAUCUGUUUCUGAACGUUCUUAACGGAGCUCUAAUGCUUCACAGUGAAGACUCGUUGAUACUAAGAUAUGUCAUAGCCACUUAUGUAAACGCGGCAUUUAAUUUCAAGAACAUUUUCUCUACUAAUGGAUAUCUUUUAAUAAUGCCAACUCUACUACAAAUCUACUCCAAUUUUCAAACAAACAAGUUGGUGACUACGACGAUCGAAUACGCAGUCAAGCAGUUCUACUUACUUAAUAGAAAACCUUUCAUCUUACAAAUGUUCGGGUCCGUUUCUGCUAUACUCGAUACUAACGAAGAAGCUACUUAUGGAGACGCUAGUAAGGUGCAAUCAAGCUGUCUCUUCAACUUGCUGCUGAGUCUUGAAACUCCUUCCCCCGACCCGCUCCACAUAGCCGAGUUGAUCAAAGAGGAAAAACCGCUCAAACCCAUAGACUUCUGCUAUCGAGACGAAGAUGAAAUGGUCAACGUGCUGGACUGUAUCAGUCUUUGUGUGAUGGUUGUGUCAUACUCCGCUGAGAGUAUAAGAGGAUAUCAGAUGCUGAUAAUUCUAGAAGCAAUUCUUCCCUGCUAUGUUAAACAAAUUCAACUGCCAACAUACAACAAAGAUGGGCGGACGGAGAAGGAAAUAAUAUUACAACUGGCUAUCGCCAUCAAAACAUUGGUGAACAACUGCGAGGGACUCUCUAAAUCAUAUAACGGUCCGUAUCGCACGUCACCCGAGCACAAGGGCUCGUCGCAGCGGGGUUGCGCGCGCGCCGCCGCCCCCUUCCUGCCUCUAGAGUUGCUGGAAGAUGAGUCGCACUCGCGGUACGUCAGCGACCGCCCACCGCCCACUGACCUCGCUGCGGCUGAGGACUCUGAGCUGGUCCGCGCGGAAUAUCGUCGUCCGCGCGACGUGCUGCUGUCACUAGUUGGCGACUUCGUCGGCAGCGCGACGCCGCGGCUGCUCGACGUCAACGGGUCUAAGGGCAGCGCUGCCAGCGACACUAAACCUUUCGAUCUGCUAGACUCUAAGUCGCAUGCUAGGCUGGCAGAAAUCGCUCACUCGCUGCUCAAAGUGUCGCCAUACGACCCCGAGUCGAUGGGGUGUCGCGGGCUGGAGCGGUACAUGACGCAGGUGCUGCCGGCGGCGGACUGGGCCGACGACGCGCUGCGGCCCGCGCUCACAUUGAUCCUGCGUCGCCUGGACAAGGUCUUCCUGAAGAUCUCCAAGAAGCCCAGCAUCAGGCGAAACACAGACUGGGACUCAGCAGCGGUGUUACUGAAGGGAGUGUACGAGACAAUGAUACGGUGUCCGUACAUCAUGCAGUGGCAGCAAGUUAAAGCGCUGCUUAACACUAUUCAGGCGCUAGUAGUGUCAGAGAGUAACAGCGGCGAGAAUCUGUCGUCGGCGACCGCGGCGUUGAUGUCGCAGCCACCGCCGCCGCACUUCUGCAGCACCGUCGUGCGACUCAUCUCCAUACAAGUCGUCAACGCGGGGGACAGCUACUCUCUGGAACAAAUGUGCGGGGGCAGUGCCACAUUUCCGUCCACAGAAAAGACUGAGAACAUGCUAAUGAAUUUGUUGAUGCCGCUCUGCUUCCGUGUCGGUAGCGGUCGAAAAGAUGUGCCGGCCCUUCGUCAAUCCGACGUGUCGUACAUGGUGUCGGUGGUCCUUAGCGCGCUGUGCCCGCCCGCGAGCAAGCCGGCGACGGACGCGCGCGCAAACUCGCUCACCUUCACUGGUAGCCGCGACACACGCAACACGCAGCGCCUCUCCGACCACUUGUACCGCAUCGCCUUCCUCGCGUUGAAAGUUCUCUGCGCGUGUUUCACGAGCGAGUUGUGCAGCGAGUGGGGCCGCAUAGCGCGCACGGUUCGUGAGCUUGGCCGACGUAACGAAGCUGCGCAUCACCUGUGGGACUUCCUCGAGCACGUAGUUACGUACCGCACGCCGCUGUAUCUGUUGCUGCAGCCAUUCAUCGUACAUAAGUUAGCACAACAGCCGAUAGGUGAUCACGAGAGGCACAUGCAGUGGUUAGUGCGUGAACGCGUGCGCGGGCUCAAGAUCCCCGGCGGGCGCGGGCGCGGCACGCUGCUGAGCGAGCUGGCCCGCGAGCUGCGCGCCGUACGGGACGACCACGAUCACUACAAGUUUGAACAAAUAGCGGAGAGUAUCGGCGGCAAGCGUGUGGAGGCGCGCGGGCCGCCGGCGGACAAGCAGCAGCAGCACCGGCCGUCCCUCAUCUCCAUGUUGGUGGGCCGCGCCCCGCCCCGCACGCCGGACCACCCCGCGCCGCUCACAGCGCAGAGAGAGUCACUAUCGAGCAGUUCUACGACGAGUCAGGCGGUGCCGCUGUACGAGCCGCCCGUCAACAGCCGCCGACUCAGCGACAACGGCAAUAACGCACACACUGCAAGUAGCGUAUACAGCGGUGACCAGAAAGCCUCAGCUAGUUCCUCAUCUUUCGCGAGUACGCAGACGAAGCUACGUUUCAUGUCUUCUGUGGAGUUCAAAUUGAAUUCAGGCGAAACGUCCCAGACCCCGCUCUCGCCGCUGUCCCCGGGCGAGUCGCAGGGCGAGGAGGCGGCGGACGACCGGCCGCGACUGCAGCGCGCGCACGGACCCUCCAAGAAGACCUUCAAGUUCCGACGCAGCCGUAAUACGAGACCCGAGAUGCGUGCUGAGGUGGAAGAGUGGUCGUCGCCUCGCGAGGGCAGCGCUAGCGAGCGCGAAGACGGACGCUGGGGCUGCCUGCUGCCGCCCGCGGUACUCACUGACACGUCAUAUGACAGCGAGAUCUCACAGACCUCCUCCACUUCCGGAUAUAGGGAGAGCCUCAGCCUCCAAGCGUCGAUGUCAGAGUCACCACGACGCACAAACAGCGCUACACCCCGCGCUAGCCCAGAUGUAUCGCUCAGCUGUGAGUCGGGCACAUCAUCGGCAGAGCGCACAGCUUUACUCGGUGCUCCAAGUCAGAGAUCCCUACUCUUAAGUGGAGAUUUAAGGGAUGAAGACACCCUUUUAUAAACUAGAAAAAUAAUUACGUCUUAAACAAAAUAUCUCAGAAACUAUGUAACAUGUAAAUGCAUAAUAUAUUGAUGUCAUUCAAAGUUUCAAUAGCAUAUUAAAUGUUAGAAGAUUUUUUGUUAGAAAGUCAAUAAAAAUGUUUUAAAAUGA